AUGGCGAACGAUUCUCCAGCUAAAAGUCUAGUAGACAUAGACCUAUCUUCAUUGCGGGAUCCAGCUGGGAUUUUUGAAUUAGUGGAAGUAGUCGGAAAUGGCACAUAUGGACAAGUCUACAAGGGACGACAUGUCAAAACCGGACAGCUGGCUGCUAUCAAAGUCAUGGACGUCACCGAGGAUGAAGAAGAAGAGAUAAAACUGGAGAUUAAUAUGCUGAAGAAAUACUCCCAUCACAGGAACAUUGCCACAUACUACGGUGCGUUUAUUAAAAAGAGCCCCCCCGGACACGACGACCAGCUAUGGCUGGUGAUGGAGUUUUGUGGAGCUGGCUCUAUUACAGACCUGGUGAAGAACACUAAGGGGAACUCGUUGAAGGAGGACUGGAUCGCCUAUAUCUCCAGAGAGAUCCUCAGGGGUCUAGCACACCUACACGCACACCAUGUCAUCCACCGUGACAUCAAGGGUCAGAAUGUGCUGCUGACGGAAAACGCAGAGGUCAAACUGGUGGACUUUGGCGUGAGCGCCCAGCUGGACAGGACCGUGGGACGUAGGAACACGUUCAUAGGGACCCCGUACUGGAUGGCACCAGAGGUCAUCGCCUGUGACGAAAACCCUGACGCCACCUACGACUACAGGAGUGACUUAUGGUCCUGUGGGAUCACGGCUAUUGAAAUGGCUGAAGGAGCUCCACCGCUGUGUGACAUGCAUCCAAUGAGAGCGCUCUUCCUCAUUCCCAGAAAUCCUCCUCCACGACUGAAGUCCAAGAAAUGGUCUAAGAAAUUCUUCAGCUUCAUUGAGAGCUGUCUGGUGAAGAACUACACCCAGAGACCACCCACCGAGCAGCUUCUGAAACAUCCCUUCAUCAGGGACCAGCCCAACGAGAGACAGGUCCGCAUUCAGCUCAAAGACCACAUCGACCGCACCAAGAAGAAGAGAGGGGAGAGAGAUGAGACAGAAUACGAGUACAGUGGAAGUGAGGAAGAGGAGGAGGAAGCCCCUGAACAGGAAGGAGAGCCAAGCUCCAUCGUGAACGUACCCGGGGAGUCGACGCUCCGGCGAGACUUCAUCCGUCUGCAGCAGGAGAACAAGGAGCGUUCGGAGGCGCUGAGGAGGCAGCAGCUCCUGCAGGAGCAGCAGCUCAGAGAGCAAGAGGAGUACAAGCGUCAGCUGCUGGCUGAGCGGCAGAAACGUAUCGAGCAACAGAAGGAGCAGAGAAGGAGGCUGGAGGAGCAACAACGGCGUGAGCGCGAGAUGAGGAGGCAACAGGAGCGAGAGCAGAGACGAAGGGAACAGGAGGAGAAGAGAAGAAUCGAAGAGAUGGAGCGCCGGCGGAAAGAGGAGGAGGAGCGCAGAAGAGCCGAGGAGGAGAAGCGAAGGAGCGACCGCGAGCAGGAGUAUAUCCGUCGCCAGCUGGAGGAGGAACAGAGACACCUGGAGAUCCUGCAGCAGCAGUUACUCAAUGAGCAGGCCAAGCUACUGGCUGACGAAAGGUAUCGCAAGAGCGUUCAGGGCUCCCCUCAGACCGCACCUCCCAAACAACCCCCCGUGCCUCCUCGCUCCGAACAGCCCUACUCUAACGGGAACUCCUCUGAACUCCCCGGCAUGCACAGGCCCAUGGACCCACAGGUUCCCGUGAGGACGACGUCUAGAUCGCCCGUGCUUCAGGACUCCCCUCUUCAGAUUGCCGGCCAGCAAAACAGCCAAGCUGGACAGAGGCUUGGAGGAAGUAACGCAGAGCCUCGUCUGCUGUGGGACCGCGUGGAGAAGCUCACUCCCAGACCAGGCAGUGGAAGUUCAUCUGGCUCCAGCAACUCCAGCUCCCAAACUGGUUCUCAGAGCGGCUCGGGGGAGCGGUUCAGAGUCCGAUCUUCUUCAAAGUCCGAGGGGUCUCCACUGCAGCGGCCGGAGAAUGCCGUGAAGAGGCCGGAGGAGAAGAAAGAUUUUGUUAGACCUAGCAGACCUGCUGAUCUCACUGCCCUUGCAAAGGAGCUGAGAGCAGUCGAGGAGGUACGACCUCAUCACAAAGUAACAGACUACUCUUCCUCUAGUGAGGACUCAGCCACUACAGAUGAAGAGGACGAGGAGGUGGACCAGGAAGUGGCAGAUGAGUCAACCUCAGGUGCUGAGGAGUCUAGGGCACGCCCCUCUAAAAUGAGCAAUGGAGAGACAGAGUCAGUGAAAACCAUGAUUGUUCACGAUGAGGCCGAGAGCGACCCGGCAACCACACCCUGCAAAGACGGCACUUUAAUUGUCAGACAGAGCACAGGUGACAAAAAACGCAUGGCCCCUGGGCCCGGGCCCCAGCCCCAGCCCGGCAUGGGCCCCGUUCACACUCACAUCCACCCGGAGAGAAACGGCUUUGCAGGCCGCAUUCACCUCCUGCCUGAUCUCAUCCAGCAGAGCCACCACUCCCCCUCCUCCACCUCAUCAACCCCUCUCUCAUCCAAUCAUGCCAGUCCCUCCAUGUCCCCCCAGACCCCCAUGGACAAAGUGAAUGCCAACGAGACUCAGUCUGCCAGUAACACUCUUCAGAAACACAAGUCCUCCUCCUCCUUCACUCCCUUCAUCGAUCCCCGACUCCUGCCAGUCUCUCCCUCUAGUGGGAGCUCCCUCAACAACAUGGGUUUUGGAAACGACGUCCGGAUGCAGGACGGCAUAAGACAGGACCCGUCACGGAAGGGCUCUGUGGUCAACGUCAACCCGGUCAACACGCGUCCACAGAGUGACACGCCGGAGAUUCGCAAAUACAAGAAGAGGUUCAACUCAGAGAUCCUGUGUGCUGCACUUUGGGGAGUGAAUCUGCUGGUGGGAACAGAGAGUGGGCUGAUGUUGUUGGACCGCAGUGGACAGGGGAAGGUCUACCCACUCAUCAAUCGACGACGCUUCCAGCAGAUGGAUGUUCUAGAGGGCCUCAACGUCUUGGUAACAAUAUCAGGGAAGAAGAAUAAACUGCGAGUUUACUACCUGUCGUGGCUGAGAAACAAGAUUCUGCACAAUGACCCCGAGGUGGAGAAGAAGCAGGGCUGGACCACAGUGGGUGAUCUGGAGGGAUGUGUGCAUUACAAAGUUGUAAAAUAUGAAAGGAUCAAGUUCUUGGUCAUUGCCUUGAAAAACUCUGUGGAAGUCUAUGCAUGGGCACCAAAGCCGUAUCACAAGUUUAUGGCCUUCAAGUCGUUUGGAGAUCUGGUGCACAAACCCCUGCUGGUUGACCUCACCGUGGAAGAGGGUCAGAGGUUAAAGGUUAUCUAUGGCUCCUGCUCUGGUUUCCAUGCUGUGGACGUGGAUUCAGGAGCAGUAUAUGACAUCUACCUGCCAACACAUAUCCAGACUAGCAUCCAGUCCCACGCCAUCAUCAUUCUCCCGAACACCGACGGCAUAGAGCUGCUCGUGUGCUACGAAGACGAGGGCGUCUACGUCAACACCUACGGUCGCAUCACCAAAGAUGUGGUGCUGCAGUGGGGGGAGAUGCCCACUUCUGUGGCAUACAUAAGAUCCAAUCAGAUUAUGGGCUGGGGAGAGAAAGCUAUAGAGAUCCGAUCUGUGGAAACUGGCCAUCUGGAUGGUGUCUUCAUGCACAAGAGAGCGCAAAGACUCAAGUUUCUCUGUGAGAGGAACGACAAGGUGUUCUUUGCAUCUGUGCGGUCUGGAGGUUCAAGCCAGGUUUACUUCAUGACUCUGGGGCGAAGCAAUCUGCUCAGCUGGUAG